AGGGGGGAGAGAGUGAAAGAAAACUAAGCCCAGCUUUUGCCGGUGCUGCUUGGAUUGGAUCUGGUUUGAGUUUCCUCUCUGCUGGCUUGUGCAGCAAGAGAGGAGGAGUGGGGGGAAGUAACUCCUCAGUCUUCCUCUGAAGCUUAAGCAAAUGUGCUGUGCCUGCGCUGGCGGGGAGCUGCCCUGGGUGCAGUUGCCUCGCAGCCUAUUGCUCUCAAUUACUAAAGAAUUGCCUGGACUUCUCGAGGACCUGGAGGAAAAAGACAUCACUUCACAGACCUGAUAGUUGCUCAGUGCCUGUAGACUUGAACAUUUUGGUUUUUCCUAGGGGAUCCUUUUAAAAAUUAUUUUUCUCCUCGUUUUUAGAACACCAUUUCCUUGAGUGUGUGGCAUUGAAAUCCAUUGCUUUGUUAACAACGUUGGGAGAUAUUUUUAAAAACUUUUUCCCAUCUCUUCUAUUUUCUUUGAAAAAAAAAAAGGCAAAAAAAGAAAGGAUAAUCAUUUUGGGGGAGGGAGAUGAUCGUGCUGAUGUGGAAUAAGUGCUCCUGUUCUCUUACUAGCCGCGGUCUGAUCGUGGAGAGCUCCCAGCUAGACAGCUCCAGCUCCAAGGUGAACUCCAUCAAGUCCACCCUGAUGGGGGAGGCUCCAACUCAGGCAACCAACAGAUCUGCAGGCAUCCACCAGGGACUGAUGCUUGCUAGCAGUAAGAAGGGCAAAAUGCUAGAGCAGAUGGGAAAACCUCCCAAGCACUAUCACCGGCAAGGAGAGGCCUAUCCUUGUACUAAUGACAAGGAAUGUGAAGUUGGGCGAUACUGUCACAGUCCUCAUCAAGCAACAUCUGCAUGCAUGGUGUGCCGGAGGAAGAAGAAGCGCUGCCACAGAGAUGGCAUGUGCUGCCCUGGGAACCGCUGCAACAAUGGUAUUUGCAUACCAGUAACUGAAAGCAUCCUUACACCCCACCCUGCUCUAGAAGGGCCACGCAACAAGAAGAAUGGUCAUUAUACUAGCAAAGAUUUGGGAUGGCACAACCUAGGGAGGCCGCGCUCCAAGCUGUCACACAUAAAAGGACACGAAGGCGAUCCCUGCCUACGGUCAUCAGACUGUAUAGAGGGGACAUGCUGUGCUCGCCAUUUCUGGACCAAAAUUUGCAAGCCUGUGUUGCAUCAGGGGGAGGUUUGCACCAAACAGCGCAAGAAGGGGUCCCAUGGACUGGAGAUUUUCCAACGAUGUGACUGUGCCAAGGGGCUGUCAUGUAAAGUAUGGAAAGAUGCGACCUCCUCUUCUAAAUCAAGACUUCAUGUGUGUCAGAAAAUCUGAAUGAGGAUUGGGAAGACAGUAAUAAGUGAUUGUGGCUUUAUGUGUUUAAUGCAUUAUGGCAUGGUGGAAAAAGAGGGACUGCAAAUGGAAGUGGAAUGGCUAAAGUAGAAUAAGAGUAAAAGUCACAGCAAAUGCAUUUCUUUUCGAGCUGGUGGUAGACGCAAGUGUAGCUGGAUUUCAUCUCCUGUCCAGUUCUUCUGUAAAUAACUUCUACAGUUUGUGGGAAAUGCUAGUAUGCAACAAGUAGAGUGGAAAUGAAUGUCACUUACCUUGCUGUAUUGUCCCGUGAUGUUUCAGGGUUCAGUGCUAGGGCUAGAGUGGGUUUCCAGUGCAGUCAUGACUGCUAAAUGAAUCGUAUACAUUGUACUCCGUAGGAAGCAGUGCAUGCCAGGAAGACUCAUCCUUCAACACAUGAUUAGGCACAUUGCAGGUGUAAGAAAUUGAAAUAAAGUUACUGUGAAUGUCCACAUGCCCUUGUCAUUCAGGGCUGACACUUCAGCAGAGAAAGCACUCCUGCAGGACAAGAGUGCUAUGUUUGCAUGCCCUUAUGAAGGAGGUAAAAACUUGCCAUCUCAAAAUUUCAAGAAAGUAGCAGUUUCUCUAAGAGGAGGCAUUUAAAUGGGGGUUUUGUUUCCUAUACAUGGGUAAAUUGAAACUCUUUAUGUAGUGAAUGUCAUAAUAUGACAAUCACUUGUAUUUGCCUCAGUUUACUGCUAAUAUACGUUGAGUUGAACAGAUGAAGAUAAUAUGUGUGCACGCGGAAUCCAGAAUUAUAUAUAGGCAGUUCCUCAUUAGUCCUAAAUAUACUUUCCUUGCCUAAGCAUUCCUGCAUUAUAGACAUUUCCAAAGGAAAUAGCAGAGUGUUGAAGUGCCUAACAUGAAGAGCUAUGAAGUUCUUUCUUGUUGUUGUUAUACUAGAUGAUACGACAUUUGUUGAGGUGUUCAGAGCAUACUGCUACAAACUCAAAUUUUUACAUUGUAUUAGUAGCAACAGGCUACUGAUGGCACUCUGCCGCAGUAUAAUGGAUUUGUUUCUUAGAAACAGCAAAGAAAAUGGCGCUGGGUCUUGUGAGCAUCUCCUCUCCUGCAGAAAAGGAAGUGAGAAGAAGGUAUGAUCACAAUGACUUGCUAAACAUCAUGUGAUGUCACAGCAUACCAGCCUCCAGCAUGUAUUCAACCUGAACUUUGAUGUCCUCUCAUUCUGGAGUGUUCUGCAGGAAUGAUGGAAGUACAUAGACUGUAGAAAACAGCUGCCAACCCUAUAUUGUUUGUGUACUGCUUAAAAAAUGACAGCCUCUGUCCCUUGCCUUGUCUCCCAGGUCUUUUCAACCUUUUUAGUUUUACUUAUUUGCAAGUAUUCCUUUGUAUAGACUUUUGUUAAGAGAACAAUAUUACUUUAAAGAAGCCUGAAUCUGUAAUUGAUCUACUGCUAAGUUGUAAUUACCCCUUUAUAAUUAUCCAUUUUCAUAUUCUGUAACACAACGGACUUUUCUGUUUAUUCAGUUCUGAACAAUAUGGGUAGACCAGUAUUCAGUUUAACUUUGAAAACCAUGUCACCAUUACCUGAUAUCUUUUGGCACCAGUGGGAUGCUUUAAAGCUAUAGCUUAGCUACACCACCAGAUUCAACCUUCCUAAUUAGAACACAGAUCUCAGCUACAUUACCCUUAUCUUCCAUAAGAGUCUGAAUAGAAGAGUAUUUCACACACCACUUUCCCCUCCUGGAGUAGUUUUUAUUGACCUAGAGGGAUGUUCAGAGACAGGGGCUUCUGUUUUUUAAGUCUCAGUCAGAGCUUUAUCUUGGAGUCCUAUCAUUGCAACUCUGCUUAUUUUGGAGUUUUUUCAAUGUAACUGGAACAGGAAUAAGGCUCAGAAAUUUCAAGAUACUAAAAAAGUCCAGGAACCAAUUUUACAAGUUUUAUUUACACUGACACAGCACAUACUCAGCAGAGGAACUUUAGAGCUCUCAUAUUCACUAGAUAUAAAAGAAAAUGAAACCCAGUCUGAGCAGGGGGGUUGCAGAAAUGGGGUCUCAGAAAUUUUUAGCUCCUUCUAACAUUGCCUAUCCCUAUUUUGCUCUUGCAGAACAUAGUUAUUUGGGAUAAUUUAUUUACAGGAAAUGUUUAAUGAGAUGUAUUUUCUUAUAGAGAUAUUUCUUACACAAGCUUUGUAGCAAAAUAUAUUUGCAGCCCUGUUGACUUUAAUGUAGAAAAAUGUAUAAUAAGAUAAAUAUAUUAAAUGUUCUUUCCCAUUCCUCCCCAAAUAUUUUACCCAUGUUCUUUUCCUUUCCUGCUUGCUUAAAAAGAACAUUCUUUCUGGAAAAACAUGCAAAUCAGUUGAAAAAAACCCCCAACAUAUAUUUUAGCUAUACAAGUAAAAGCAUCUGAUUGUUCUUGUGUCUCAGAGCACUAUAUGGGCUGAGUUUUGGUUAAAACACAUGAAGGUGAUCUUAAAAAUCCUUGUUCAUAAUUUCUACAAAACUGGCUUAAGUGACAACUGUCUAAUAUGCUUCUCUGGGGUCCAGUUCACACCAAACACUCAGAAUAUGUUUGAAAAUAAUGCACCUGUUUGCAUAAUGUAAAAUCAACCAGGUUAAAUAGGAAAGACGUCAAGACGUUUCCUGGAUAGUGAUACAUACCAGAGGGACUCAUGAUAGAUAAAGGUGAUAUUUGAGUUACACAGCAUUUUGCUAUAGGCUACAGCAUGCAAAUGUGCUGCUGCAAAAUUUAUAACUGUCAAUUCCGAAAGGGCAAAUUACAGCAUUCAGCUCUAAUAACAUGAAACACUCCAUGUGACACAACUGAAAAUACUGUUACUAAACCAUCCAAGUUUUUGAUCCCAGAAAACUCCUGCAGAGCGCAAUAAAUAUUGCAAAAAUAAUGG